AUGCCCUCGUCCGACUACGCCUCUGCCAUCGGCGGCGGGCUGAAACUCAAAGGCGUCACGAGCGGUGGUAUCGACAAAAAGAAGAAAAAAUCCAAGAAGAACAAAGACCACAGCAGCAGCAGCAAACAGCAAGACGGCCUCCCCACUUCCACCGCCGCCGGACCAGACCAUGAGCGCUCAACCACACCCCCGAGCAACAAAGCCUCACACAACGACGCAGAUGAAGGCACCCACCCUCAAGACACCGACAGCAAAUCACCGCAACGGGAAACCUCUCUAACAGCAGCACCCUCAGCAGUACGCUCAGCAGCACCCUAUAAAACCGCCACACAGCGCAAAUAUGAUGAACAACGCCGCAAACGGCUCGACGAGCGGUUGCGGCGCGAGGGCGUGCAGACGCACAAGGAGCGCGUGGAGCAAUUGAAUAAAUACCUCUCUGGGCUGAGCGAGCACCAUGACAUGCCGCGCAUUGGACCGGGCUAA